AUGGCGGAAUCAGACACCCAAGGCGCAGACUACGAAGAGCAGCACGUCCACUCCGUCUACGAGCAAAUCGCCUCCCAUUUCUCCUCCACGCGGUACAAGCCUUGGCCGAUAGUCGAACGCUUCCUACAAGAACUCCCCGACGGCUCUGUAGGCGCGGACGUAGGCUGCGGGAAUGGAAAGUAUCUCGCCGUCAACCGCAACAUCUUCAUCGUAGGCUCAGAUCGGUAUGCCCUCUAUCAGAUCCUCUCCACAAAUCUCAUCAAGAUCGCAAAACAGCAUCAGCCACAUGCCGCAAUCGUAGCAGACAGCCUAAGCUUGCCCCAUCCAGCGCACAGCUUCGACUUCGCCAUUUCGAUAGCGGUUAUUCACCAUUUGUCGACGCCAGCACGACGGGUGGAGGCUGUGAAGGCUGUACUGGAUCUAUUGCGGCCUCCGUCGGCUGAAGGGAGUAGGGAUGGUGGUAAGGCGCUGAUCUACGUCUGGGCUCUGGAGCAGAAAGAUAGUCGGAGAGGAUGGGAUGAAGGACACGAGCAGGAUGUCAUGGUGCCGUGGGUUAUGAAGGGGAAGAAAGAGAAGGGAUCGAAGAAGGGAAAGGGUCAAGAGGAGAGAGAUCAGGUGGUUGAGGAGGGAGCAGUGAAGCAAGCCGAGGAUAAGACAUUCCUACGGUAUUAUCACCUGUAUAAAAAGGGGGAGUUGGAACGUGAUAUUGAAGAGGCGGGCGGAGAGGUCGUGCAGGCGGGGUAUGAGAAGGAUAAUUGGUGGGCGGUAGCUGUACUUAAAAGAACGAACUAA